GUAUAAGCUCGAUAUUAACAAAGUUUCUCUUCUCUUAACUGUGUUUAGUUCUUAGCAUUACUGUUAUAUAUCCGUUAAUGCUUUGAACAGAACAUAUCACAGUAUAGUUCUGUAUAUAUGUUGCAGAGCUUGUAAACAUGGCUCGUAUUCCUCCAUCUAUGAGCAUAGAAACUGAGAUGGAAUGCGGAAGAAAGGAGGUUGUAGGCAGCCAGACGCUCCAAAGGAUUGCAGAACAGCUUCAAUGGUACAAAACACCUAGUCUGAUUGAAGAAUUGGAAAACGUUACCGGUCGUAAUAUGGGCUCAAAAUUUGGGAUCAUGGAUCAUGUAGAAGGUGAAAAUGGGCUGUUUACUCAUGCAAACUGGAGGAAGAGGAGAGCAGCUGUCCUGAUAUGCCUCUUUGAGGGCAAGCAAGGCGAGCUACGCGUUAUUCUCACCAAGAGAUCGAUGAAGUUAUCAUCACACCCAGGUGAUGUAGCAUUGCCAGGUGGAAAGAUGGAGGAAGGAGAUGAUGAUGACUCUGCUACUGCAUUAAGAGAAGCUAUGGAAGAGAUUGGCUUGGACUCAUAUUUGGUUCAAGUAGUUGCCAAGUUAGAGCCCUUCAUCUCCCAGAACCAACUGAGGGUUGUUCCUGUGGUAGGCCUACUUGCCAAGAUAGAAGACUUCAGUCCUGUGCUUAACUGUGAUGAGGUUGAUGCUGUUUUUGAUGUCCCGCUGGAAAUGUUUCUCAAGGUAGAUAAUCAUAGAUGUGAAGAAAGGGCAUGGAAAAGUUGGAAGUAUGUUUUCCAUUGUUUCGACUGCGAAACAGAGCAAGGAGCUUUUACAAUCUGUGGUUUGACGGCAAGCAUUCUUAUUAGAGCAGCCUCUGUUGUCUACCAGCAGAUUCCAUGUUUCUCUAGCAAUCUCCCUGACUUUCAACAGCUGCAAAGGGCUUUGAGUAAUGCAGCAUAAUAUACUUUGUACUUCGGUCGGUUCAAAACUGCGUAAGCAUGAGGCAACCAGUAACCAAAACUCGAUGUCUUGAUGUUUCCAUAGCUGUGAAUCAAUAUACUAGGCUAAUUUUAUUGAAUAACAUAAAUUCUAUACCAGAAAGCAAUUCUGCCACGGCAUCUCAGAAACUGCUUACAGUCUUCAGCCAUUUGUUGUUCUCAAACUUUGAGAGUGAAAGAUGACAUGAGCUGGUUAUCAAAUAUAAAUGGUUGCGUAACUUGCCAAGUAAUCAUUCUUUCUUGUUUUUCUUUAGAAUGACACCAAAGACCAUCUGACUUGCAUUGGAAAUGACACUGAAGCUUCAAUCGAACGAGCUUGGUCUUUCUGCAACAGGCAAUUUGUUAAAUAGCAGAUGGGAUUUGCCAAAUUUUCAUGUGCAAAAUGCUACUUUGCUCAUCAGUUCCUUUAGCUUUUCUAGCAUCUCUUUCACCCAUCCAAUUUGAACGCAGCUUUGCGAUACUAUGCCCACCUAUUUUCCUUUCCUUGAUUAGAUUGCAGUUGCAUCA